GGCGCGUCGUGGGACUUCUGCACCGGCAAGGGCAAGGGCUUUAACGUUGGUAUGAAGGUCGAAGUCGUCAACCCCAAGGGUGGCCCUAGCUGCAAGAACCUCACGUGCAUGCAAAAGGGCUGCUCUGAUGCGUACCAAGUGCCCAACGACAAGCAGACGUGGGUCUGCGAUCAGUCGUCCUCGUACAUUAUCACGAUCUACUGCUAAAGUAAUACUAGUAGUACAGCUAUGAUACCACCGACGUUAACCUCUAAUGUGGUUGCUCACAGACGACUCCAGUACCAGCGGGGCUGUCCAAUUCAACGUGUCGCGGUUUCGAA